UCUUCCUCCGACAUGUCAAAAUUCACACCAUGUCGUUGAAGUGGUCCUUGGAUCAUCUUGCGGCGGCCGAUACGACGCAGAAUAAUGUCGAGUGACGCUGAGAGGCAGGUCAGUGGCGGUGGGGAAGAUGAAGCGCGGCAUGAAAAGCACGAAAGCCACAACGACAGCAACCUCGAAAGUGUUGCUGCCUUCGAGAGUCCUUUCGAUUUUCCAGCGUGGCGGAAAUGGACAAUGACGACGCUAUUAGGCGGCAUGGCUGCAGCUGUCACGUUCGGCAGUUCAGUCUGGUCGUCGACCAUUCCUGUAACGACGAAACAAUUUGAUGUCAGUGAAAGUGUCGCAGUACUGGGAGUAUCACUCUAUGUCCUGGGCUUUGCCUUUGGACCGAUUGUUUGGGGCCCUCUAUCUGAGCUCAAGGGUCGCCGACUUCCUAUGUUCUCCGGAUUCUUCAUAUGGGCACUGCUGCAGAUUCCUGUAGGCGUUGCGAACAAUUUGCCAACCAUUCUGGUCUGUCGACUGCUAGCAGGGUGUUUCGGCGCAGCACCUAUGGCACUCAUCAGCGCAGUGUACGCCGACUUCUGGAUGCCAGCUGAACGCGGCACUGCUACUGCAGUCUAUUCCGCAGCAGUCUACAUCGGCCCUACGCUAGGCCCUAUAUUUGGCAGUCUCCUCACAGAGAGUAGUCUGGGUUGGCAUUGGACCGCAUGGCUUACCCUUAUUAUGGGUGCUGGCGCAGGCAUACCGGCCUUCUUGUUCGUCCCUGAGACCUAUGGGCCUGUCUUGCAGGCACGAGCGAAUAGAAAGGCACGUUUAGCCAACGAUGGUGGCUUUCCGCAUGAGGACGGCAAUGAGCAGUCUCCAACUUUUCAAAUCUUUGUCCGCAAGUAUAUGGUCAAGCCGAUAAAAAUGCUCUGCUUUGAGCCUAUGUUGAUCGUCAUGACGCUGUACAUAUCCAUCGUCUACGGCAUUUUGUACCUUACGUUCUACGCUUUCCCUUAUAGCUUCGCUGAAGGUCGAGGAUGGGAUCCUCGCGUGGCUUCUCUGCCAUUCCUCAGCAUUCUCGUCAGCGUACUGGUGGCCUCCGUCGGAGUGGCGUGGUACUCGCGGGAAUAUUAUCGACCACGGCUACGAGCUCGCGGAUCAGUGCUCCCCGAAGACCGUCUCCCACCAAUCAUGCUCGGCAGUGUCCUAUUGCCGGCUGGGCUGUUUUGGUUCGGGUGGUGUUCCAGCAGCCAUAUAUCCCCUGUCCCUCAGAUCAUUGCAGGUCUACUUAUUGGUAGUGGGAUCAUGCUGAUAUUUACCAACGGCGUCGCGUAUAUUGUCGACAUCUACCUCGAGUCUGCCGCUAGCGCUCUGGCUGUAAACACCUGUUGCAGGAGUUUGGUUGCGGCUGGUUUUCCUCUCGCAGCACCAAGAAUGUACAGACAUAUGGGCGUGCCGUGGGCUACGAGCGUCCUUGGUUUCUUAUGUGUCCUUCUCGUGCCCGCUCCUAUCCUAUUCUACAAGUAUGGACGACGACUACGGCAGAUGUCACGUUACGCUCCGACGCCGCGAUAGCCGUCGGGACGAUCGAUCUUUCAGUCAACCGCAACUCGCACAAUCUGCGAAACAACUGUCCAGCGCACGAAACGCAUUGAGGGCGCACGAAGCGUGUGGCAUGAGGCCUGUGAUUGUGCAUUACAUAUAUCGGCCCCACCCACACCAAGCCCUUUUACUUAUUCAGUCUUGAGACUGGCACCUUUCAGCACUGCGUACUUCUCUUGUGGGAUACCGUCAUCCCAUCGGCGGUUAUAAUACUCAUCCAUCUUGGUGAUGCGGCCCUGCUCAUCGAUCUCCGCAAUCAGGCACACAUGGCAGACAUAGUCCUUCCCGCUAGCCUUGACAGCCACCUCGCCGCUGGGACGGACAAUGUCGUUUGCGCAGCGGCCAAUCCAGAUCAGUUCGAGAAUAGCACCCGAGGCAGUAGGGAUUAUGGCCUUUGCAGCCCCAUUAGCGAAGAAACAUUCAGCCCCAGAGGAAAGAGAUUGAUCUGUACCUUUACCUCGGUUCGAAAGGGCUGAUUACAAUGGUUCCAGGCGCGGUAGAGUCCCAAGACAGCCUCGUGUCCAACACGGGUCACGAGGAAUGCAUGGUCCGACCAAUGGAUGUCUGGAUGGUAGACCGAGAGGAAUGACUGUACAUCUUCAUCAGUCGACUGUGGUUUCGAGAAGUCCGUGACGAAUUUGUGAACAGUUGUUUGCACUUGAGCGAUCCUCUCAGGGUUGAUUAUGAUUAAGGACAUUGUCGAUAUUCUGAAUGAACAAGGUUGAAAGGUAUGCUCGUUUUGGCCGAAGUGUCAAAUGGAGGACCACGAUGGUACCUUCGAAGCCGAGGGCUAGGUGUGUGCUCACUUUUAUGUCUCGGUGCUUUAGGCGUCCACCCAGUAAAUGCAGAGAUGACUCUCGAUA